GGGGCCCCGCCCCCGGAAGCGCGCUCGCCGCCGGCAGCCGGGGCCGGGGGCGCCGCCAUGGCGGGCGAUGGGGCCUCGUUCCGCGCCCUGCUCCGCGCCGUCAAUGCCUUCCUGCGGCAGCGCCGCUACCGCACCGCGCUCGCCGUCCUCAAAGGGUUCCGCAACGGGGCCGUUUAUGGAGCAAAAAUUCGUGCCCCACAUGCCCUGGUGAUGACUUUCCUAUUCAAGAGUGGAAGUUUAAGAGAGAAAUUGAAAUCGAUUGCUCAGGCUACGUACACUCAUUCCUGGAACUUGGCGUAUUUUGUGUUCACCUACAAGGGGCUGAUGGCGUUGCAGUCCCAACUACAGGGGAAAAAAAUUCCAUUUCAUUGUUUCUUUGCAGCCUUCAUGGGGAGUUUGCUAGUGUUCAGUGAGAACAAUCCCAUCAACAGCCAGAUCACUAUGUACCUGCUGUCUCGGAUCCUGUUCGGCUUGUCUCGGCUGGCAGUGGAAAAGGGCUAUAUCCCAGAGCCAAAGCGGGAUCCCUUUCCAUUUGUCACCGCUCUGGUAUGGGGGAUAGUCCUUUGGCUCUUUGAAUACCACCGGCAAACUCUUCAGCCUUCUCUACAGUCCUCCAUGACCUACCUGUAUGAUGAUAGUAAUGUAUGGCACGAUAUUUCUGACUUCCUUAUUUAUAACAAAAGGACAGACAGCAAGUAGGUGGUUCAUUGUAAAACAUCUUGAAUGGGAUGCUACCUCCAGCAGCUAAGGGAAAAGGUUAUUCUGUUGCUCUUGACUGGUGAUUUUUUUUUAACCUAAUGUCUGUCAAGCAGAGUUGCCUCUUUUGUUCUGGCCAAAAAGUUCUGAUUAGUCUUCUAUUGUCUCUCUUUAGAGCAAGUAAAUACCCCACAGAAACUUGUUGCAGUCUUUUUUAAGAUAGGCCUUAUUUUCCCUACAAGUAUGGGUUUGGGGUUUUGUUUUGUUUUGUUUUGUUUUUUUUAAGAAACUAAACAUACUUAUGACAUUCUGACAGUAAUUGGAGAGUAUGUCUAAUCAUGAAAAAAUGUUCCAAGGAUCAUCUAAAUGCUCGCAAGGCAGAAGUUUCUUUUUUUUUUUUCUGUGCUAACUGUGGUGCGAUGGGAGUGGGGGACCUUCUCAGGUCUGAAAACAGGGACAUAACUUAGUGAUUUCUGUGGGCAACCGGAAAUCUUGUUUAAUCUGUUACAAGAACAAGUGUGUGUUCCUUAAGAGAGUUUCUUUGCAGUUCUCCCACAAGGAGACAAUAAGAUGUUUGAGACUAAAAGUGUUGAAAUUGUCUGGUUUAAGCUUGGUAAAUCAGCCUUGGAAGGACUAUUUUGCUCAUUUUCUUUCAUAUGCUUGAGCUAAAUCUGCCCCUCUGCAGAGUGCACUAAUUAAUACCCUAUAAUUAUUUUUAAAUUAUUCGUAAAGUUUUUAAAAGCUGCUUGAACUGAAAACCAAAACCAGUUGUGCUACUUAGACUCCUUUGGAAACGGGCUGAGGUGCAUUGCACGCCCUUGGAUAUCACACUGGGUACUUUACAUGUAGAAGUGAGCAACACUUGACAAGCACUUUUAUUGUGGUGGAAGGUAAGCACGUGGGUUUCUCUUAGGUCCAGGAUCUACCCUGCAUAGCAGUGGCGUGUGUUAGCUGUAGUGAAACUUGAACGUACCUGCAGUUUGUGCAGGCUUGUUGCUGAGCCAGGUUGAGGCCACGGAUGAAAAAACAAGUGAAUCUUCCUCUUAAAAAUGCAGUUGCUGAGCCUCGGGAGUAGUGCAGCACCCGCUGGGCUUUAACAUCAGAUUGACUAGAUAGCUGAGGAAAACACUUGUUCUUAAUAAGUUCAAGCUGUUAAUCAUGCAAAGCACUUACACUGCCAUAUAACACUAUACCAUUCACUUAAUGAUGUACAUUAAAAUAAUUCCUGAUGCAGUGUUUUUUUUGCGGUGAUAUCUGCAGGAGAGUCACUAAGUUGCCUGUGCUAACCGUUCCCUUUUGGCUCAGUUGAAACUUUUGUUCGCUCUCUCUGUACCCACCUGCUUUUCCAUCCUGACGUGAGCGUGUCAUUUUAUAAUCCCACUGAUGCUGUUCUUCAUGGUCUUUCACAGUCUCUUUAUGCUCCAGGCUCUAUCAAUUUGUUGAAUUCAAUGAUAUGUCUGAAACAGUACAUUUAAGUACGAGUAGCUUCUAAGUAGAAAAAAAUUCUCAAUUUCUUCUCAAGUCAUUUUUCCUUGUCCUCCUAAGCUCUUUUAGUACUGUUAUGCAUAUUGUGACUGCUGCUUUGCUCUUUAUUUUUCCACACUCUGUGUCGGCAAGAAGGAGAGUGAAAUGUUCCCCUCUCCAUAGUCUGUCUGGUGCUGCAAUGUCUGGGAUUGAAUUGCAUCCUGAGUGGCUCAGGUGGAGUAGGAAUAGAGUCUUCUGGCUCAUGAACUGAAUCCAGUGCUGAGUCUGGCUGCAUUCACUGUGAGAUCUUGCAGUGUAGAGACGGAAGCUUCUUUGUGCUUAUGCCACGCAAAUUCACAACAUACUUGUGUUUGGUGCCCAAAAGACAAGAUACUGCUUUGCCAUGAUAACUGUCUAUGGUACCUUUAACUUUUAACUUCACCUGAUAUUACAGUCUGUACUGAAUACUUGAAUUUGAACACCAAUCAGUAUUUAAACAAAGGAAAGCUAUAGAAGUUAAAAAUUGGGUUUGUUUCUGUGUCGAUUGGUGUAGAUAAGCUUAAAGAUUCAAGUACAGAAAAAAUACUGAAGCUACAGGUGCGGUCUGAUUUCUUUAUAAACAUGGUAUCUUCAUCUGCACCACUGCUGGAUAUCUGAAGCAGCAUGGGUGCAGCACUUUAUUUUUGUGUCAGAAGCCUCAAUUAUUUGUUCCAAAUAAGUAUGCUAGUAUUGUGCUAAUAUUGCUGAAUAAGCUUUGAUGGGAUCCUAGAAAAAAAUUCCACAAUCUGACAGCUAUGGCUUUUAAUUUAUAGCUGGCAUCCCAUUCCCUGCUUGUGAUUCCCUUAGAGGAAAAAUAAUUUUCUUCUGCUUUUAGUUCUACCACUGCAACCAUGUGGCUGCUUGUGGAGCACUUCUCUGGCCACAUGAAGGACAAGUGACCUGUCCUGUCCUUUUUAUACUACAGUAGUAUCUCUGUCCUCUCUAGAUGGCAAAACCAAGCCAAUAGCAUGUUUCUAGUAUCAGCCUGUCAGCAGUGGCUAUCAGUCGUCCUUAGUUCAGAAUGCCCCUUUUCUCUUGGGAAUCUAUCACCAACUUCACUUUGAAAGCAAACUGUGCCCGAGCCUCCAACCAUCUGUACUUCUGACCCAGGAACCAGCUGCCAUCCCUGCAAGACAAGCUGCAGCUCAUCCCCGGAGCAGGUCCCGUGUAGCAGCAGCCAUUAGCUGGGUGUUUGCGGACGGUUGGUUUGCCUGCUGCGUUGGGGCAGGACGUUAUGCUGCAAGUCACUUCUUUCCCCAGGAAAGUAAUUGGAACAGUUCUUUAAUGGCAGUAGUCUGCAUCGCUGUUUCUGUGACCAGAUAGCUGCGGAUGAGCCCCUUAUGCUACCAAGGUGUUGGAACAAUGCGGGCGUGUAGUAAGGAAGUGAACUAGAAGUAAUUUGUCUGAGCCAGACUUCUCGGAUACAUAAGUUACACUCCCUGCCCUCCCCCAGUGCAUUGUGUGGGGAAUUGAGUCCCCUGUUUGUGUUCCUUUUUUAUUAGCAUUAAAAACACAAGAAAUAAAGAGACAGUUGGCAAGCCACCUGCGAAUCAGCCAAAUGCUUAAGAAUCACAAAGAAGUGCCAUUUUGCUCCCCCCCGACCCUGAUCGGUUUUGAAUUUUAAGAUGAACGUGGGUUUGUUUGUCUACAUCAACUUUAUUUUGCCGUGGUUUUCCUUCCUCAACACCUAACUGUGAGAUGCUGAGUGCCUAUGAAGAGGAGCAGAGUGUCUCAAUGCUUAGCUUGGUUUGUCAAGAACUAGGUUUACUGGAUAAAAUGGAAGUGUUCAUUUUAAAAUGAUGCUUCUCCUUCAGAUUUUAAGCCUCUUUUAGAGGCAGUUUGAAAGGUUAAUGAAUCAGACCGAUCAAAAGUUUUCAGCAGGCCUUGAAUAGCAAACUGCCUCUACCGAGCUAUUAAUCAUUUAUUUUAUGAAGGAACAAAGCAAGCUCAGGGUUAUUUACUGCCGCUGCAUGCUGCCCUAGCAUACCCACUGUGCUUCACUUCUCUUUGGAGGACAGCUUGUAUGCUAGUGGUGGCUGUCAGGAUUGCUGAAGAACCAUUUCCGGGACAAUUACAUUAUUUAACAAAGGUGACAAUUAAAUGGGUACAUGACAUUUGGUAUAGCUAAGGUUUUCUGUACUGCAUUUGAUCCUUUCAGUUAAGGGGAGGAUAUUCCUGAAAGAAAAACCUGUGCUUGUCCAAUUAGUGCCGCAGAGAAGUGCUUAUGGAGGCGGCUGCUGCUGGAGAGUACGAGUCUGUGUUGGCAGCGUGACAGCGUGCUGUGUCCCGGUCACCAUCCCUGCGCCUGGGCAGUAACCUCCCCUGCUCCAGGCAGCCGGGUCGGGAGGGAGAGGCUGCAGAAGAGCUUUGAUAUUGGUGCUGCAAGACUUUCUUGCCCUGGUAGAGUAGUUCAAGCUCUGCGUAAACCAAGCUAGGUGGUGGGUAGAAGUGCGGGGAUGUCUGGCUGCUGAAUUAAACCAAAACCAGGCGUCCAUGGGGACCCCCUGUGACUGCAGAGGGGGUCCCCUGCGCACACUAAGCUCUGCAGCCAGUUGGGAGCUGUUGUGGAUGGCCAGUGCUAGCGAAGUAACCAGAACCCCAUGUGGAUACCCUCAUGCAGAGGAGAAACUCUCAAACUCAUUUUUGCUGCAUCAGCACAAAUACGACCUUUGGAUAGUACCCCAAGCUGCAUGCUGUCUCCUGUUUGUCAGGUUGUGUUUGUCUUCCUGGAUCAUGCCAACCCAAGCGGAACGUGUAUGGUUCUCUGAUGCUGGUUUUUAAUCUAGCAGAUAAGGGAGGAGAGAAAAUAAGGCCUAAUGCUGUCCAGCACAAUGUCUGUCUGCCACUGUUAAUAUUUUAGGGGUGCUAAUCUUGACUUUUGAACCUGUGUGUUCAUACCAGAUUGUUGGAGGAGGUAACUUUUUUUCUUUACUUAGAAGAAUUUUCAUCCAUCUCAUUUCCUUAUGAGACUGAUGAUGAGGAGGGGGGAAAAAAUGAAAUGCUCUAUAAUACAAGUAUUAUUACCUCUGCUUUUAGUAUAUAUUUUGUGUUCAUAAUUGCUAUGUAAUCUGGGCCCUGAUUUUCUGACAACAUAGAAUAAAGUUUAGAACAUAAACUCAGGUAACCUGUAAUUACACUGAUCAGAAUGCUUGCAGGAAUUAAUGUCUCAGCUUUUGGUUUUAAAACAUGUGAAACAGGGGGCAGUGGGUUGUUGAAGUAGCUCUGUCCACUAUGAAUUGCCUUCUUGCACAGUCGGUAUAGUGUAUCAAUCCAAGACUUUCUGCCAAGCUAAUUUACAUAUUAUUUCUGUAUAGUCACUCUCUGAGUAUUAUUACACUGUACUUUCUAUAACCAUAUUAAAAAUAUUUUUUUCUUUU